CUCCGCCCGCGCUUCUCGGCCUUUCUUAACUGCGGCAGAUGGGAGGGGGCCAGAAGAGCCGGGGCGAGUGCGACUGCGCAGUUCGAGAGGUGGCAGUGGGCGUUGCGGCUGCUGCGGUCUGGGCCCAGGGAAGGAUCGUGUUGGCAGCCGAGUUUUAAUUUUGUCUGCAAGGGACCCGUCCUAAAAAGAGGCGCUCUUGGCAAUCUUGUUUAUAACGUCUGCUGGGAAUCGCUCAGCCGGACAUCAUGAGCGGCUGUCGAGUGUUCAUCGGGAGGCUAAAUCCAGCGGCCAGGGAGAAAGACGUGGAAAGAUUCUUCAAGGGCUACGGACGAAUAAAAGAUAUUGAUCUCAAAAGAGGUUUUGGGUUUGUGGAAUUUGAGGAUCCAAGGGACGCAGACGAUGCUGUGUAUGAACUCGAUGGAAAAGAACUCUGUAGUGAAAGGGUUACGAUUGAACAUGCGAGGGCCCGCUCUCGGGGUGGAAGGGGCAGAGGACGAUACUCUGACCGUUUUAGUAGUCGCAGACCUCGAAAUGACAGACGAAAUGCUCCACCUGUAAGGACAGAAAAUCGGCUUAUAGUUGAAAAUUUAUCUUCAAGAGUCAGCUGGCAGGAUCUCAAAGAUUUCAUGAGACAAGCUGGGGAAGUAACCUUUGCAGAUGCACAUCGGCCUAAAUUAAAUGAAGGGGUGGUUGAGUUUGCCUCUUAUGGUGACUUAAAGAAUGCUAUUGAAAAACUUUCUGGGAAGGAAAUAAAUGGGAGAAAAAUAAAAUUAAUUGAAGGCAGCAAAAGACACAGUAGGUCAAGAAGCAGGUCCCGUUCCCGGACCAGGAGUUCCUCUAGGUCUCGUAGCCGAUCCCGUUCCCGUAGUCGCAAGUCUUACAGCCAGUCCAGGAGCAGGAGCCGGAGUCGGAGCAAGUCCCGUUCAGUUAGUAGGUCUCCUGUGCCUGAGAAGAGCCAGAAACGUGGUUCUUCGAGUAGAUCUAAGUCUCCCUCUGCGGAUCGCCAGAGAUCCCGGUCUCGGUCCAGGUCCCGGUCCAGGUCCAGGUCAAGGUCAAGGUCCAGAUCAGUUGACAGUGGCAACUAAACUGUAAAUAACUUGCCCUGGGGGCCUUUUUAAAAACAAAUUCCCAAACCAUACUUGCUAAAAAUUCUGGUAAGUAUGUGCUUUUCUGCGGGGGUGGGAUUUGGA